AUCAGUUUAAAUUUAAAAUUAUGGCAUAAGAAUAAUUGUUUUAUGCGCGAACUAUGUUGUAAAAUUACAUUACAUGAAGACAAGUUGUAUUUAUUAACUUUAUUUUAAAACUAUAUUUUUAGUUGCUCAGCCCUUUGUGUGUUCCUAUUGUUAGAAAAAGGGAAUGCCCGUUGCCAAAAUAUUGUACUCAGCUACUACUGUUUGAUUAUCUCAACUACUAAGAAGCUUUGCUAUGUAUGGACGACAUCUACUUCCAUUUUCGAUAGUGAUGUUUUGCAAAUGUUACUUCAAAGAUUGGCAAAAUAUAUUUAUAGAACUGGGAAUGCCUACUGCGUUGCCCAACACCACAUAGAGAUGAUAUAAAGACUGGACACCUGUCUCAUUUGGUCCUAACAGCUUCAGCUUAUGAUCUUCACGAGGAACUUAGUUUCUGGAAGAUAUUUUGCAACCUGCUUUAAAUAAGUAUUUCUAAUAUAUCUAAGUGAGGACUGGUGUUGAGAGGAGACAUCACUUAGGUGUGAAGUGGAGAAACAGAUCCUGAGAAUAUAUAAUUCAAACUCCACAGUAUGGAGAUAAGGGACAAUUACAGGGAGGUGAUGAGCACGUUCAUGACCAAUGGUGUACACGGACAGGUGUGGUCCAAGACUGUGUACGCUGUGGCUCACUACAGCAGCGGCGGUGCCACUCGGUAUUUUACAGCCAGGAAUGUCAACAGACUGUCUCAUGCCGAAAAUGGUGUUAUCAACCAUGUAGAGGACUUGCUGACCAGUAGAAAACUCACUUCUCCCAAAAUUAAGCUGUACCUCAGCUACUCUCCUUGCCAUGAAUGCAGCCAGAGAAUCGUCAACCUUCUGACCACCGCCAGGUGGUGUCAUCACAUCGCCCUGGAGGUCGAGAUCGUGUUCUCGGCUCUGUAUCGGAUCAGACGACCCUCUUGUGAGAAGAAUCCAUCCUGUCAUCGUCAUCUUCCUUCGUACGAUGACCACAGGUUGAAUGUUGACGGGCUGAAGAAACUGUUCCGGACACCUGGUGUCGUCCUUCGCACAUUCACCCAGAGAGACUGGCUUCAACUGUGGAUCGCUCUGGGCUUUCCUCCCUUGGACAUUGUUCGGUUCAGCAGCCGAAGUGAGGUAGACGACUUACUUAAAAAGGACUUUGAACAAACGAUGGGCAUGAUCCGUACAGAGCCUGUGUCUACAUGGCUACAGUUGCUCCAACUUCUGAUAGAAAGGUUGUAGCCUGCGUACGGUGACAGCGCCAGCUAAUUCUCAUUCCCUCGGAGACCGCGAAGACAACUCCGAAAGCAACGCGAGGACUUACAGAAACAUUCCUGGAUUGUGAUGAGACUGCUAACAUUACUCACCGUCAGUGAACACAUGUAGGAUGUGAACGGUGAUCUCAUUGUGUGUGUUGGUCAUUCGACUACACGAGCGAUGCUUUUGCCUUCCUUCGAUAUAAAAGUAGGGGAGACAACUGCAAGAAAAUAGCAUUGCCACUUCCGUCCCUCAUGAUUGUCUCCCCUGGUACCAGCUGACUCGGCAGCACCACGAAAUUCCUUGGUUGUUUGCAAGCCUUGAACACUGUGUGGGUGGCGUGACAUAAGAUUUAUAUGUUUUUACAUUUCCAACAUUUCCGCCUUCAACCCUGCCAUUGACAUCUCCGCUAACUACUUCAGAUGAGACUGGUACAGAGUCGGCAGCUGUGAUGCAAUAACAACUAUUUUUUAAAAGAUAAUAUUAUGAACGUUGUCUUUAAAGUUACCUUUUAUACCUCAUUCAGAUUUUUUUAUUUGAAAUUGUCAUUACAUUUGUAUUCAAUAUGUCUGAUAUAUACAUGAAUAGAAAAAUUUUAAUGAGUAUUUAAUCUUUAUGAGUGAAUAUUUGUUUGUUGAGAUAAAAUGUAAGUUCACCUCU